GAAUCCUUGUGGCUUUGCCGCCUCUCUUAUUUGUACUCAUAGUCCGGGACAGCUGGGGUCACCCCGCGGAAUUGGGAGUUUGGCGCAGGGUGGCCAGGACACGAGGUCCUGUGUCCGCCCGAGCCUCACGGGCUCUGAGGGAACUGGCAGUGGAGGACUUGGUGAAGGCCCCUCUGUCCAGUUAUGUCAAAGAGGAAAGUGACCUUCCAAGGCUUGGGAAAUGAGGAUGAUGAAGACGAAAUCAGUGUCCCCAAGAAGAAGCUGGUGGACUCUGUGGCUGGGGCAGGAGGUCCUGGGAGCCGCUUUAAAGGCAAGCACUCUUUGGACAGCGAUGAGGAGGAUGAUGAUGAUGAGGGGUCCAGCAAAUAUGACAUCCUGGCCUCAGAGGAUGUAGAAGGUCAGGAAGCAGCCACACUCCCCAGCGAGGGAGGGGUACGGAUCACACCCUUCAACCUACAGGAAGAGAUGGAGGAAGGCCACUUUGAUGCUGAUGGCAACUACUUCUUGAACCGGGAGGCUCAGAUACGAGACAGCUGGCUAGACAACAUUGACUGGGUUAAGAUCAGGGAGCGGCCACCUGAUCAGCACCCACCAUCAGACUCAGAGGAGGAGGACAGCCUGGGCCAGACACCAAUGAGUGCCCAAGCCCUCCUGGAGGGCCUUCUGGAGCUGCUGUUGCCGAGAGAGACAGUGGCUGGGGCGCUGAGGCGCCUAGGGGCCAGAGGAGGAGGCAAAGAUGGCAGCAAGGGGCCUAGGCGGCCUAGUUCCCCCCAGCGCUUGGACCGGCUCUCCGGGUUGGCUGACCAAAUGGUGGCCCGGGGCAACCUUGGUGUAUAUCAGGAGACAAGGGAACGGUUGGCCAUGCGGCUGAAGGGGUUGGGGUGCCGGACCCAGGGACACCCUGACCCCAAGCCCCCACCUUCUCUGGACAUGUUUGCUGAGGAAGUGGCAGAGGGGGAGCUGGAGACCCCAACCCCUGCCCAGAGAGAAGCAGAUUCGCCAGGAGAUGGUUUGCUGGAUGUGAUGUGGGAGUAUAAGUGGGAGAACACAGGGGAUGCUGAGCUGUACGGGCCCUUUACCAGCACCCAGAUGCAGACCUGGGUGAAUGAAGGCUACUUCCCGGAUGGUGUUUAUUGUCGGAAGCUGGACCCCCCUGGUGGACAGUUCUACAACUCCAAACGUAUUGACUUUGACCUCUACACCUGAGCCUACUGAGGGCUCACUUAGGUGGCCCCUUCUUUCCUGGACUCUGUGAAGGAGGCUCCAGCUGCCUCAGGCAGUGAGGAUAUUGGGGGCAACUUUUCAGUCAAUUUUCCUUUCCCAAUAAAAGCCUUUAGUUGUGUGUUAGGGCCUUGGCUUUGCUGAUGGCCAGAAGCCAGAGACCACAGCCCCUUUGGACUUGCCUUGGUCUUAUAGUGUUUCCUCAUGAAGUUCCUCUUUGACAGUUCUGGUCCCUCAAACCAUCUCCUGUUUACUGUUCAUAAGGGCAGAGCCAGGGCUGUCAGGUGAACAGUGGCCUCCCUUUUUGGAUGCAGAUCACCAUCUAAAAAUCUCUUUACUCGUGUGGCAUUCUUUGGUAUCCUCUGGGCUUCCUGUUUUGCUUUUCUUCGGUCUUUGGUCUUUAGGACCUCAGAGUCUCUCCUUGCAAACAGUGCAGGGUAGAGCCCUAGCAGCGGAGAUUUUAGGUCUGAUGGGCUGGGGCAUCUGUUGGUUUUGAGUAGGAAGCAUGGUACUCACUGGCUUCUCAUUUUCUCAGGCUCCUUAGGUGAAGUACAGACUCAGUAUUGACUCUUGAAGGACUCCAAGGCCACCUGGGCAAACCAUCCAUAGAAUAGGCACAGAGAGGGACAGCACCUCACUGAAGGUUACACAGUUAAUCAGAGGACUGGCCCAGACCCAAUGGGCUCCCUUCCCAGACCUUUCUUGGUACUAGGUCUUUUCUACCUGGCCUUGAAGCCCUGAGCUUACAUUUCCUGAGCUUCCAAAGUGUGCCUGGCACUGAACUAGUGCCUUGAGGAAACUGAGAUAACUGGGCUGGUCCCCUUUCAGGAGUUCACAGUCAGGAGUGUAGGUGAAGAGGGAGAUAGACAAGUAUAAUUGUACAGUCUGGACCUACCACUACCACCCUCCCAGCCCAUCAGUAUGGCUUAAAGCCUCUCCUCACUUGACCAGUUUAGAUUUUUCCCUCCACUUUUUCAACUUGGCUGUCCAUUGGAAUCUCAUAGAGAGCUGUUAAAUCACUCCUCAGAGACUCCGAAUGAGUUGGUUUAGGUAGUGGCCUGGCAGUUGGGUUUUUAAAAAGUUCUCAGGUCUUUCUAAUGUGUGGCCAGGUGGAGAGCCAUUGGAUCUGACUCCCAUGACAAGUUAUACCUGGGGAGAGGGGCUGGUUCCUGGACUCCGCCGUGGUAGAGCUGAGCAUGUGUCUGGCCAGGGCUCUGGUUGAUUCUGUUAGUUACAGGAGAGCUGAGCACCAGAGCCGUGGAUGCAUGGGAGCUCCAGGGUGGAAGGAACCAGGACUGGAACUAGGAAAGACUUGGGCGGGGAUGGGGUGGGGUUACCUGAUGUAAGUGAGGCCUCCAACUUCUGUAAUAAUGAGACCCACUCUUAAGUGCCAGGCCACGCCAGGUUUUCAUUGACUCCAAAAUACCUUUGGUUGUAAGAUGGCUUUAUGUCAAUAAGAAGGGAAACCCUACCAAUUAUGUUUGUAAGAUGUCAUUGAUUAAAAGGUACAUCCUGAUUUCAGAAGUGAAAAGCAGGUGUCUUAAGACCAAUGAAAUGCAGUGUUCACGUUCGUAUCCUUAGUGAUUAGUGUUUGGUGAAUAGGUAGGAGCACAGGAGGUGACUCCCCUGGAUGUCAUCCCACAGGUCCCUCAGGCUCUCCCUGUCGCAAACGGACCUCUUACCCUCACAACCUCUUCCUGUAUUAAGCUCCCCGAUGAUAGCCUGUGUGGACAGAAUGAUGCCCCUCACAAAGAAUUUCACAUCCUCAACCUCAGAACCUGUGAUACAUGACCUUAUAUGGCAAAAGGGACUUUGCAGAUGUGAUUAAUAAUUUUGAGAUGGGGAGAUUAUUCUGGAUAAUUGAGGUAGGCCCAAUGUAAUCACAAGGGUCUUAGGAAGUGAAAGAAGUCGGGACGGUCAAAGUGAGAAAGGGAGGCAAAAAUAUUACACUGUUUCUGGCUUUGAAGGUGGAUGAGUCAUGUGCCAAAGAAUGCAGUAGUCUGGAAAAGCUGGAAAAGGCAAGAAAAUGGAUUCUUCCCACAAUCUCCACAAAAAAAUGCAGCCCCACUGACAGGAUUUUAGCCCAGUGAAAACCAUUUUGGAUUUCUGAUGCUAGAAGUUUGUGGUCAUUUGUUAUAGCCCCAGUAGGAAACUAAUACCCCAUCCAGCUGAACGCCUCUUCCCCUCAUGGAUAUCACUAAGUUCUCUCUGUGGCCAUGUCCCUCUUUUAAGCACCUAUCAGCACUUAACUCCCUUGCUUUAAAAAAAACAAGACUUUGUAUGUGCAUGUUUAAAUUUUUAUUUAAGCCUUUUCUAUUUUACAAUAGUUUAGUAGAUUCACAAGAAAUUUACAAAAAUAGCACAGAAAGUUCAUUCAUUUCCUCCUAUUAACAUUUUUCGGUGGCACAUUUGUCACAACUAAUGAACCAACAGUGUUACUUAUAUAUUUUUAACAAAUUUAUUGAGACAUUCACCCAUGUAAAGUAUACAAUUCAAUGGUUUUUAGUAUCUUCAUAGGGUUGUGCAAUUAUCACUACAAUCUAAUUUUAGAACAUUUUUGCCUAGCCUAAAAGCAACCCCACCCAUUACCACUCCCUCCCCAUCACUCCUCAUUAUGCCUUCACCUUCCAAUCUCUGCAACCACUUAUCUACUUCCUGUCUCUGUAGAUUUGCCUAUUCUGGACAUUUCAUACAAAUCUUACAAUAUGUGGUUUUUUGUGUCGUGUCAGCUUCUUCUGUUUAGCAUGUAUUUAAGAUUCUUCCUUGUAACAUUCUUUUUUAUUGCUGAAUAGUAUUCCAUUGUAUGGAUGUAUGGCAUAUUACUAUUAGCUAAACCUCACACUUUAUUUGGGUUUUACUAAUUUUUCCUUUAUGUCCUUUUUCUGUUUCAGAAUCCCUUCUAGGAUACCCCAUUACAUUUAGUUGCCAUGCCUCUUUAGUUUCCUCUGGUCUGACAGUUUCUCAGACUUGUUUUUGCUGACCUUGAUAGUUUUGAGGAGUAUUGAUUAGGUAUUUUGUAAUAUAUUCCUAACAUUUGA